CGUGCAUUCGGACUGUAUCGUCACUUUCUUGGAAAAUCAGAGCGACGCUCGGAAAAAUCAAAACUGUGAAAGAGUAACACAGCGAUGGCAACAAUCAAGGUCGUUAAGGCUCGCCAGAUCUUUGACAGCCGUGGAAAUCCCACCGUCGAAGUUGACGUUACACUCAGCGAUGGAACCUUCGCCAGAGCUGCCGUGCCUAGCGGUGCUUCAACAGGUGUUUAUGAGGCUCUGGAAUUGAGGGAUGGAGGCUCGGACUACCUCGGUAAAGGUGUUAGCAAGGCUGUGGAGAAUGUGAAUAAAAUUAUAGCACCUGCGCUGCUUGGGAAGGACCCAACCAAGCAGACUGAACUUGACAAUUACAUGGUACAGCAGCUUGAUGGAACUGUUAACGAGUGGGGGUGGUGCAAGCAGAAGCUGGGUGCCAAUGCUAUUCUGGCAGUGUCACUUGCUGUCUGUAAGGCUGGUGCUGAAGUGAAUAAAAUUCCUCUGUACAAGCACAUUGCCAAUCUGGCUGGAAACAAGACUUUGGUGUUGCCUGUUCCUGCAUUCAAUGUUAUCAAUGGAGGCUCACAUGCAGGAAAUAAACUAGCAAUGCAGGAAUUUAUGAUUCUCCCAGUUGGGGCAUCUUCGUUCAAAGAAGCAAUGAAAAUGGGCGUAGAAGUAUACCAUCAUCUAAAGGCUGUGAUUAAAAAGAAGUACGGACAGGAUGCUACUAACGUGGGUGAUGAAGGUGGCUUUGCUCCUAACAUCCAGGAAAACAAAGAAGGGCUUGAGCUUCUGAAGACUGCCAUUUCCCAAGCUGGUUACACUGGAAAGGUUGUAAUUGGUAUGGAUGUUGCUGCUUCAGAAUUUUACAAUAACAAGGACAAAACAUAUGACUUGAAUUUUAAGGAAGAGAAUAAUGAUGGAUCGCAGAAAAUCUCAGGAGACAGCUUAAAGAAUGUGUACAAAUCAUUUGUGACAGAUUAACCUAUUGUGUCUAUUGAGGAUCCAUUUGAUCAGGAUGACUGGGAGACCUAUACAAAAUUAACCGGUGAAAUUGGUCAGCAAGUGCAGAUUGUUGGUGAUGAUCUCCUCGUCACCAACCCGAAGCGUGUGGAGAAAGCAAUUAAGGAGAAGGCUUGCAACGCCCUUCUGUUGAAGGUGAAUCAAAUUGGUAGUGUAACAGAAAGUAUUGAAGCUGUGAGAAUGUCUAAGAAAGCUGGCUGGGGUGUCAUGACUAGCCACCGGAGUGGUGAAACUGAGGAUACCUUCAUUGCAGACCUCGCAGUUGGGUUAGCAACUGGCCAGAUCAAGACUGGAGCUCCCUGCCGAUCUGAAAGGCUUGCCAAGUACAAUCAGCUUCUGAGGAUUGAGGAGGAGCUUGGUUCAGGUGCUGUUUAUGCUGGUUCCAAAUUCAGAGCCCCGGUGGAACCCUACUGAUUAUUUAGCAUAUGAACACCAGCAGCAUUUAAAUAAGAUUCUAUUCACUGCAGGGGGCUUCACAUGUACUUUUUUUUUCUUCAAAAACUUAAACAUGUCUGAGAGUUGAGUUCUUUUUGGCGACAAAAUAGCGUAGCAGUAUAUGUGUCUCUUUUGGCCUGGCUUCUUAUAGCCAAUUAUCAGCUAUUACUACAAAUUUUGGGUGAACUUUAUAGUUUCUACAUUCA